CUCUGUAAUUCGUACACGUCCCUUUCGCUUCCAGGUCAUCCCCGGGGCAGCAACCUGCCACUAUGAUUCUUAUCAGAACCUCGCUGCCAGUUUUGGGGAAGUCCAGUAAGAAGCCGGCUCGGCGGGGCACAGGGGUGUGCAGGGCACCAGGAGGCGAGCCCAGCGGGCCUUGGCCGGGCAGACUAGACCGCGGGACGCCUUUCCGGGAAAUUGUUUGGAUAAAGUCAGGUGGUCUGUCACGUGAAUGAUUAAAAGUUGUUACCUUGCAGAAGAAAUGGGAAGGGAUGGAGGAAAGAACUUUGGGCUGGAAACUACAAAACCGAGCUUCUUGGGAAUUCCUUUUAGUCUAACAGGAAGUGGAGCGUCACCGAAUGGGAGGGGUGGCCACUCCGUGACUGUCCCCUGCUUCAGGCGCUCACUUUGCAGGCGGCGCGUUUCCCGGGUUAUAAAUCCAACGAAUGAUGCACGCUGCUUGGUUUAGGAAAAAGAAAAAAACAAAAAUGAGCAAGCGAGACGCCCCUUCCGUUUUAUGCUAACCCAGCUGCAAGCAAAUAAAUUGGUUCUCCCACUGCAAUCUUCUGCACUCAGUAGUGCCAAGGGAGCUUAUUCCUAUCAAUCACUGAAGCCAUAAAAAAGUUUUUUAAAAAGCUAAUCACACAAUGAGGUGUUGCCAUCUCUGCAAACUUCCUGGGCGAGUAAUGGGGAUUCGGGUGCUUCGUUUUUCUUUGGUGAUCAUCCUUGUGCUACUAUUGGUAGCCGGGGCUUUAACCAAUUUACUUCCCAAUGUCAAAGAAGACAAGAUGCUCACUUUGCGUAGGGAAGUAAAAUCCCAGGGAAAGUCCACCCUGGAUUCUUUCACUCUCAUCAUGCAGACGUACAAUAGAACGGAUCUCUUAUUGAGACUUCUAAACCACUAUCAGGCAGUGCCGCAUCUGCACAAAAUAAUUGUGGUGUGGAACAAUGUUGGGGAGAAGGGACCAGAUGAGUUAUGGAAUUCUCUUGGACCUCACCCUGUUCCUGUGAUCUUCAAACUACAAACCACAAACAGAAUGAGAAAUCGACUCCAGGCCUUUCCUGAGGUCGAAACCAAUGCGGUAUUAAUGAUAGACGAUGACACACUCAUCAGUGCCCAGGACCUUGUUUUUGCUUUCUCAGUUUGGCAGCAAUUCCCUGAUCAAAUUGUAGGAUUUGUUCCUAGAAAGCAUGUCUCUACUUUAUCGGGUAUCUAUAGUUAUGGAGGUUUUGAACUACAAACACCAGGGUUUGGAAAUGGUGACCAGUACUCCAUGGUGCUGAUCGGAGCCUCAUUCUUCAAUAGCAAAUAUCUUGAACUCUUUCAGAGACAACCUGCAACUGUCCAUGCUUUGAUAGAUGAAACUCAAAACUGUGAUGAUAUUGCCAUGAAUUUUAUCAUUGCCAAGCACAUUGGGAAGACUUCAGGAAUAUUUGUGAAACCUGUAAACAUGGGCAAUUUGGAAAAAGAAACCAAUGGUGGCUAUUCUGGAAUGUGGCAUCGAGCUGAACACUUUCUGCAGAGGUCUUAUUGUAUUAAUAAGCUUGUUAAUAUCUAUGAUAGCAUGCCCUUAAAAUACUCCAACAUUAUGAUUUCCCAGUUUGGUUUUCCAUAUGCCAAUCAUAAAAGUAAAAUGUGAAAGUAAAACAAAAACAAACCUGAAAACUGCUUGGUAUUUGAGUAGCUUCUCCAUGCUAUGUAUUUUUGUUCUUAAGCAGCAACAUGAACUUUUAUCUAUUCCAGAAGUCUCUACAGUAGAAAAAGAAUAUGCAGCACUUCUAGGAUGUAAAAUUCACAUUAACUUCAAAAACCAAGAAGCUAGUCUCAUCCACAUAGGUCUUCUCAUGAAGAAUUUUCACCUAAGGUUAUAAUGCCUUGGUUGACAAUUUUAUUGUUUACAUCUCGAGACUGUUUUACAAUUGCUUUGAUUCCUGGCAUUCGCCUUAAUGACCUAUAGCAAGCUGUUUCCAGAAUUGGAAAGUCAAGAAAGGCAUUUCUCAGCUUUUUCACUAAGGUUGAUUGUUUUAAUUUGAAGCCUGCAAUGCCUCUUUAGCAAAAGCCUGCGGUAUAGGGAAAAGCCAUGUGAGAAGAGAAGUUUCAAUCUCAUGUGAAAACAAGGAGAAGACGUGACUACCAGUGCUUCCCUAUGACCCUUCCAACCAGAGUUAGCUCUGCCCAGCAUGGUUUGGAUGCAAAGUUAGGUGCUGUUUGUUUUUAUUGCUAAGUCUGUUGUGACUGGGAGCAUAAGUUUUAGUAGCUAAAAGAUGUCUAGUUGUUUGCUUGAUUUUUGUGAGUCUACUGCAUGGAUCACCCAAAAAUGCAGCCUGUGUUUCUUAUAUGCAACUUAAAUGCAGCAAGGAGUAAAUGUGUUACUGUAUUUUGUGACUGAAUAUGACUUGGAGAAUGUAUAUUAAUUCUUAUAUUUUACAUGGAGUAUGUUUAAGAAAAUGUGUAAAAUAACUUCUGGAAGAAUGAGUAAGUAGAAACUAGCAGAAGUGAAAAUCAAUAUCAAAAGAUCUUUAUUAUUAAAGAAUAGGUUAUCUCAUGGAUACUAAACAGCUGUGUGUAUUACACACAAAUGCUUGCAUUCAGAACUUGUUUCCUUUUUUUUUUUUUUUCUUUGAAUAAGAUCCAAGACACUAUUUAUCAUGGUGAAAUUUCAAUUACACAGAUACAAGAAAAAAAAAUAAGUACUGAGUCAUAGCAGAAAUUCUCUAGGAAGUCCACAUCAGUUCAUUGUUAAGUUUGCCCACUGUGCUGUUUAUCAGUGUCUGUGUCCCACCCAGUCUGUGUUAAUUGCUGACAAGGGGUACUUAAUUAGACCUCCAUCACUUUUUCUUCCUCCUCCUCCUCACCGUCCUUCUCUCCCUCCACCUUCGUCUCUUUACACAGUGCCUGUAUACUCUCAAAGUUUCAAGUAUAGUGAAAUAAUCAUGUUAAUGUGCCAACAUUGAUGCCAUUGUGCAGUUAGUUCAUUAUAUUUUGGGUUUUUUAUUGUUUGUUUGUUUGUUACACUAGAGUAUGUACAUGUCUUAAUGUGGUCAGGUUAAAAAGUUGCUUUCCCCAACCCUGAAAGUACUUUUUUGCCUUCUGGUAUUCCACUCUCAGACAAAUAAAAUAAACUUUAACUCUC